UUUCAAGCUCGUCAGGUGGAUACAUGUCUUUGCAAGCAAACACAGGUCUUUCAUCCACAGAGGACUAUGACAUCCCACCUGCCCGUAAACAAGCUCCCAAUGCCAGCUCCCUGGCAUCGCCCCAGCAGAAACAAGGGUUGCAUGUAUCACCCACGCACCAUGGACGGACGACGCCACCAGGACAUGAACUCUACGACACACCUCCAAGCGUGCAGAGAAUCUCCCCAAAUGAAACCUACGAUGUGCCACCAAGGGCUUUUGGAAGCGGUGAAUCGUUGAACUCAAAGAGCGGACAGAGCUCUCCAAAGCAGGAGAAUAUCGGUGAGAUUUAUGACACUCCCCCUUGCAAGCGAGAUGUGCCUGGUCAGAACACUUCAACUCAGGAUGUGUACGAUAUCCCACCAUCUUCCCAAAAGAUGAAGGAUGAAAAGUUUCCAUCAAUGAGCACUCUUGACUCUGUUGAUACCUAUGACAUACCGCCAUCGCAACAAGGUGAUAAUGACGUAUAUGAUGUGAUUCCUCCGCUUAAAGGUGGCCCUUCCCCUGUAGAACUAUACGAUACCCUACCACAAAGAACUCCUACACCACAGCGGGUGUAUGAAACACAACUGCAAAAGGACACUAGUGAUUUGUAUGAUGUGCCUCCAAAUAAGCAGGUUCAACCUGAUGAAUUAUAUGAUACACCUGCAAGACAUGGACAUGAACUCUAUGAUCAACCUCCUGUUGCACGUGGUCUAAGACCACAACCAGGUAGCACACAGAGGCGCAUCUCUGAUCACGUUUAUGACAUUCCUCCAACAGUAACACAGGACAGGCCAGUAGUAGGGCCUGUCACGCUUUCACAGCACCAUCGCUCUGCAGACGACAUUACAGAUGGAGUCGCUAAACUGUCUCUCCCGCAAUUAUCAAAAUCAGCGGACUGCAUAGAUGAAACUCUAGGGAGGAGGUUAAAUCUUGACCGUGAUGCCGCCAUGGACCUUCUUAUUAAGCGGCAACAAGCUCUUGACUCUGCAGUAGCAUACAUGCUCAGUUAUGUCAGUAGUACCUGGAGGCAUCAGAACUAUCUUGAACCUCAUAUUCAUGAAAUCAGAGCAGCAUGCAAUCAGCUCAAAUUAAUAUUUAAAGAGUUCAUGGAAUUCUGUGAUGGUGUCCUGGUGAAUGCUCUUUAUGUUUCUGAUCAGAACCUCCAUGAAAAACUUAGCAAGCAGUAUAAGCCUAUUCAGGAUGAGCACCAAGUCUUGACUAAAGCGUCAGCAAUGCUGGAUGAACUCAAUUGGGAUGUGAACACACUUAUGUACAAACCUGGUUCAAGUCCAAGUAAUGAACUGGACACUUUUGCCGUCACAGCCAGGGGGCUUCCAGAUGAUGUUAAGAGGUUUGUGGUAUUUGUCCAGGGUAACUCAUCACUGCUCUUCAAAAGAGCAGGAAUCAUCCAGAACAGACCCUUGCCAACACCGCCUCCAAACUCUGCAGGAAUGUCCAGCAACUGGAUGGCUGCAGAAAAGGAGACCCUUGUGACUACAGCACCCAUCCAAGCCACCAGGGAAACUAUCCGCAACAGGCCUCUACCGCUAGUGCCGAGUGCCACUGUUGCUCCUCAACAGCAGAUCCAUGCCCAAACUAAUGGAAACCACAUCAUGCCUGAAAAUGGUAAGAUGCCAGAUUAUGGCUAUGUCCAGAAACCCCAGUCGAUCAACAACAGGCAGAUAAUUAUCACAACAGAUCAACCUCCAGUGUCACCACCGCUCUCUCCAGGAGAUCAGCAGCUCCUGACCUUCUACUACACCGAGGUGGAGACUCUCUUCACUGCCUUGCAUAAUGCCAUUGAUCUUUUCUUCUCCUGCAUCGAUGGCAAUCAGCCGCCAAAGGUGUUUGUUGCUCACAGCAAGCACAUCAUCCUCUUGGGUCAUAAGCUGGUGUUCGUUGGCGACACACUCCACCACAACUUGCACAACCUUGAGGUGAAGAAUCGCAUCAUCCACCACAGUGACUCCCUCUGUGACUGCCUCAAUGUCAGUGUCAAUGCCACCAAGAAUGCAGCUCUCCAGUUCCCUGCAGUACAACCUCUGCAGGAAAUGGUUGACAGGAUCACGGACGUUGCAUCCGCCAGCAGAGACCUCAAGGAAAUCAUUUUGUUCAACACUCCUGCAUGAUGACAGUAGGAUUCUCAAAGAUAAAUGGUGAAAUUCUCUUUUAGCUACAGAUGCAGUUCUGUCUCAACAAAGUGUGUGGAUAACAAUGAUAGAACAAAAAGGUCUGUGUGAAAUGUGUGAAAUAAGCAUACUAAUGCUUUCAUCUUUCACUCAUCAGGUUUGUAGAAAAAACAAAUCUUUUCAAUGGCUGUAUGAUAAAAAAUCAAUUGCAUUAUACAGAUGCAUAUACAUGAAGGUUUAUUUGCUGCAGCGACACAACACGACAUUUGUAAGGUUUGUCUUGUUUAUGAAUGUUUGUGUAUGAUUAAAUCAGUUCGUCUACAGUAAUACAUGAACUAAAUUAGCAGUCGGUAUAAUCAGUCAUUGUAUAAUACAGGGCCUGCAUCCAAUAUCUUUCAAUGGUGAAAGUUGGAAUUUCAGUGGAAGUUGAAAAGACAAAAUGAUAUCAAUGUUCUUCAUUGGAAGACAUUUUUCAUCAGUUCCUCCUAAGCCCAUGGUUAUAGUUGCAUUCAUAACAGAUGUAAGUUAGGUCGGCUCUGAUUACAACAUUUUGUAAUCAUUUUCACGUGUCUGUGAAAGCCAAACUUAAAAGACAAACUCACAAAACCAACAUUAAUUUUUGUGUAAAAUGGUAGGUUAACAGUAGAUCAAUAUAUCAUGUAGAUAUGCUUGAUGCUAAUGAACAAGCAGGUGUUUGAUUUGAAGUCCAAAAGGUAUCACUAUGAUGAAAGACUACUGUAAUUUGUGAUAUUCUCUUUUUAAUGCAUGUUUUAUGUGACAAACUGAAUUACAAGCUUGGUAAUGUCUGUCGAUUCUCUACCCAUAGCACAAAUUGAUAUUCAAUCACAUAUGGUAAUUAUAGUAAUUUUGAAUUUGUUGUCAUCAAGUUCAUGUUAAUACUUUACAUAAUGUAGUAGUUUUUCAAUACAUGAGUAUUAUAUCUCUUUUUAAAAUCUAAAAUGUAUCUAUAGACAAUAACAAUAAGCUGUGCUGGUCACAAUUUUGCUAUUUCUCUAUUAUGAUAAUACACUAAUAUUCCUUAUUUUUAAAUGAAUGUGUAAUUGGAAUGUUUUUCACUAUUGCAUUGAUUUUGGUGCUGCUUGUCAAUUUCUUUAGUUUGAUUUCUUACAUAACAGGUUGUAAAUUAUUGCAAACAAUUGACAUGGUAUUUUGUACAAAGUAUGCAAACCUCAUCAUAUUGCAAAAUAUCAAAGUAUAUUUUGUGUGUUUGAUUAUAUCAGAAUUUAUCUCAGAUUGAGAAAUAUUAAUAGAGGCAAGAGUAUGGAUUAGUUAUCUUGUAGGUACUGUGUAAAUUAAUAUUAUAAUAAUAGUAAUAAUAAUAAUAAAUACAUGUGUUGAUAGAGUAGAUAAUAUCAGAAGUCUCUUUUACAGUGCUCUGUAAUAAUGCAGCCUACAUGUAAUUACUCUGGCUAUAGCACAGCAGCUUUUGGUGGCUUUACAAUCACAUACCUUCUAGUCUCCCAUUCACCUGGGUUGAGUGCAGCACAAAAUGGAUAAAUUUCUUGCUGAAGAAAAUAAAUUGUGGCUCCCUCUUGUAUGAUUUGCACCCAAGGCCCUUGUAAACUGCUGAAAAUAAUAAUGUGCUUUACAAUGUUCCUAAGCACUACAUACUCUUCUCCUUCAGCAUGGCUACCCUGAUUGGCCACUCGAGCAUUCAAGGAAAUUUGACCUACCAGGUACCCAUUUACUUCUCCUGGGUAAAGAGUGGUAACUUCUCAUUUGAAAUUUGACCUAAGAUCAUUGAGAAUGCACACUCCAGGCUCUCUGCUAAAUUAGCCUGCAUUUGUAAUGUACCAUGAACAAAUAUUCCACACCAACACCUAAGUGCACAUUCACAUGCAUAUUGUUUCAGGUAACCCACUAAAAAAGAGUUGAUCUAUACUAAUAGAUAAAUAUAUCUAUCGUCUGUCUAUCUAUAUUAUUUUCAUCUCUUUGUGAAGGAGACAAUGAGUGUGAAUUUUUAUACUUGAAGUUCGGUGUGAAAAGGCUAUUGCUCGAUAGCUUAAUGGAGAAAGGGUAGCCCAAAGUUUGUGUUGAAUGCCAGGUAAACUUGCCUGCUGGGCUGGCCACAUAGUGGUUUGUACGAAUUGGAUAAUGUCCCAAAUAAUACACUUGUGUCGUUAUUAAAACAAAUCUUGUGAUUGCACCAACCCAGAUAUUCAAAUCCUAAAUGAUGUGAUGAUUUUUAAAAUUGGGUUGAUAUGUAAAGAUGGGCUUAAUGAGGUGACAUGCUAUUUCAAGGAUGGCAAAUGACUUAAAUUGUCUUAUGAUUAUUCCAGCUCAUAUAUAAUGAUCAUAUCUCGGGAAUGUUUGCUUUGUUGUACUCGUCUGUAAAUAGUGCAGUAGUCCAGGAUAGGCCCCAUAGACAAGGGGUCGAACCUUGUUUUUUUAGAUAUACAAUGUUUUUUGAUGGUUUCUUGUCAAUUCGAGGGUGCUGAUUCCGAAUCUGAAUGAUGCCACUCUUGUAACCUUGAGCAUUUCCCGCAAAUUGGCAAAAUCCAAUAUGGCCGCCAAAAUAUGCAAAUUACCCAUGAAAAUCAUAAAAUUGCCAACACAACAGCUAUAAAAUGCAUGUAGUUGUUGUGCAGAAGUGAAAUACCAAUUGGAAAAGCGAUAUUGACAAAAUAUUUAUUUUAUUGAUAUUCAAAAUGGCCGCCAUAACCCCCUGUAUACUUUAUUAUGUAGAAUAUGAAUGGGGAAAAUAUUUUUUCAAUCAAGAGCACUAUUAUUGCAUGUGAUUGUGACCUGCGAGUGUACUACUGUAUGAAAACAUGACUAUUAACAAAACUAUGUCAUUUGUAUACUAUCUAAUGUGAUAAAUGCUGUAUUAUGAUAUUCAAAAUGGCUGUCAUAGACCCCUUAUACUGUGUACAAUAUAUAAAAGGGGACAAAUAAUUUUCACAACCUUUGAAUUUGUUUGACUUUAAAAUGCCAAUAACUGCGAAAUAUUGGUGUAACACUGUCUGACAACAAGGAUUUCUAACGAAACAUAUCAUUUCCCUUGCAAUUUCGGUAAUUAUGCUGCAUGUUGACAUUCAAAAUGGCUGCCAUAGGCCCUAUCUGUAUUAUGUACAAAGCGAAUGAAGAAACUAAUUUUCACAAGAGUAAAAAAAAUAAAAUGAAUGUAAUUGUAAUCUAUACGAGUGAAAUAUUGUCUAAACACAUGAUUUCUGGCGAAACAUAUCAUUUCAUUUUUCAUGCAUGAGAUAAAUGCUGUAUUGUAAAAUUCAAAAUGGCCCCUAUGGGCCCUUACAGUAUUAUCUACAAUGUAAAUGGGGACAAAUACUUUUGAAAGAAUUAGGAUUUGCCCGACUAUGAAAUCCAUAUAAUUCUGUUGUAUAAGGAAAAUAUUGUUUGAAAACGUGAUUUUUUUAAUGAAAUAUAACAUUUCCUCUCCCAUAGGUGAUAAAUACUGUAUUUUGACUUUCAAAACAGCCGCACAAGCCCCUACAAAUUCUGUAACAUGCGUAUAGGGAAAACUAAUCAUCACCAGAAUGAGAACCAAAAACGCACGUAACUAUGUGAUGUAUGGGUAAAAUUUGGUCUUGAACAUGAUUUCUGACUAAAUACAUCACAUAAUGGUUGAGAAGGUAUUAAAGGCCUUACUUUGAAAUUCAAAAUUGCUGCCAUAGCCCAAAGUAGUAUGUACAUUGUAACUGGGGACAGAUAGUUUUGACAAAAUUUUUACUAUGAAAAUGGCUUAAUUUUGAUGUAAGUGUUAAGUAUUGUCUAAACCCAAUGAUUUCUAACGAAAUAUAUCAUAGCUUGUGUCAUAAAGGUGAUGAAUGCAGCCUUUUAAAAAUGAAAAAUGGCCGCCAUAGUCCCUUAUCUUAAUAUGUAAAAUUUGAAUGGGGAAAGAUAAUUUCCACAAAGAAACAUAUUGCAGCCAUUUUGAAAUUUAAAUAUAGCAUUUAUCACCUAAAUAACAUAAGAAAUGAUCUAUUUGGUUACAAAAUCAUAUUUUCAGACGAUAUUUCACUCAUACAUGCAACACCAUUUAGUCAAGCAAAGCCAAAUUCUGUUAAAAUUAUAUGUUCCCAUUCACAAAGUACAUAAUAGGCCUACCGUUAGGGCCUGUAGCGGCCAUUUUGACUUUCAAAAUACAUUAUUUAUCACCUACCUGGCAGAAUGAAUGAUAUAUCUUGUUAGGAAUUAUGUUUUCAGACAAUAUUUUACUCUUAAAUCACAAUUAUAUGCAUGUUAUGGUGCUGACUCAUGUGAAAAUUGGUUUCCCAGAUCGAUUGUACAUAAUACAGUCAAUGUCUUUUGGCGGCCAUUUUGAAAGUCAAAAUACAAUAUUUAAUACAAAUAUGAAACCCGAAUAAUAUAUUUCGUUGCAAAUUAUAUUUGAAGACAGUAUUCCACUAAUUUACCACAAAAAAAAAACGUUUUAGUGCUCACCCUGUGAUUGUUUUUGUCCUCUCUCACAUCGUAGAUCAUAAUUUUAGGGCCUUUGGCGGUCAUAUUAAAUAUCAAAAUACAAGGUUUAUCACAUACAUGGCAUGUUAAAUAAUAAAUUUCGUUAACAAUAAUGUUUUUAGUCAGUAUUCCACUCGUUUAUCUCAACAAAAUGCAUUUUAGUGCUCACUCUUGUGAUUUUUGUGUGUCACCAUUCACAUUGUACAUAAUAGUGUUAGGGCUUUUGAAGGCCAUUUUGAAUAUAAAAAUACAGGAUUUAUCACAUAACUGACAUAACAAAUGAUAUACAUCGUUAGCAAUCAUGUUUACAGACAUUGCUUCACUCAUAGAUCAUAAUUACUUGCAUUUCAGUGCUCAGUUUUGUAAAAAUUGAUUUUCCCCAUUCAUAUUGUACAGGGGUCUAUGAUGGCGGCCAUUUUGAUAUCAAGAAAAUAAAUAUUUUGACAAAAAUAUUUUUUUCAGAUAUUAUUUCACUCCGGCAGCACAAUUGCAUGUACUUUAAAGCCAAUGUGUGGACAAUUUUAUGAUUUUCAUGGGUAAUUUGAAUAUUUUGGCGGCCAUAUUGGAUUUUGCCAAUUUGCAGAAAAUGCUCAAGGUUACACGAGUGGCAUCAUUCAGAUUCGGAAUCAGCACCCUCGAAUUGACAAGAAACCAUAAAAAAACAUUGUAUAUAUAAAAAAACAAGGUUCGACCCCUUCUAUCCUGGACUACAGCCAAUGCGUAUUGGAAGAUAACAAUUAAUUUAGAAUUGCUUAAUAUACAAGGAGAGUUUUCCUCUUUCUCAUUUUGUGAAGAAAGUUUAAAUAUGGAAUUCAUUUCAAGCAGCAUUGUGCUGUACAGAGCAAUCUUUUAACUGAAUGUGGAUUUUUUGAAUAAGUUUUUGUUUGCGACCAAAAGUUGGCAUUUUCGCUUUUGCAUUCCAGAGGUUUUAAAAAGAGCUGUACAUUUUCCAGUGGAUUUGGGAUUACAUCAUCAGUCAGGGCUUUAAGUAUGUUGCUGCAAAUGAUCAUAUUCCAAAAUGAAAAAAAAAAUAUCUGUCAGGAAUUAUAGAAAUAUGCUUCAAACAUCUUUUACAGUGUGCUUUGUUAGCAAAUCUGGUAGGGUGUUUCACAAAGCCGUUCACACAUGACUGGAACAGUAUCAUUUAGCACAAGAAAGGAUCACCAGUCAUGAGUAUGGUUUCAUAAGUUAUGAACAACUUUUUGAAACACCCAACAGAAUUUGAUAGGCUGAACUAUGGUAAUAGCAGUGUUCAUACCAUUUUCUCGUCUGUUAUAGCUGACUUGAACAUGGAGGAAUGGUAGAGAAAUGGCAGCAGAAUUUUCUUGUCAAAUAUGCAAGAUUAUUAUUAUUCACUGUUCAAAGCAUUAAAUAAUUUCUAUUUAAUUUCUAAGGGCUUAAAGUAAUGCCCAGACUGUAGUUAUUUUCAUAGUAUCAUUUGAUAUUUUCUUCACAAUGUGUUAAACCAUAUAAACAGCUGAAAUUUUGAACAAUAUAGUGAUAAAAAUGGACGCUGUAUGCAUCAAAUAAUUUUUUUAAAUAUGUGCUGUCCUUUCUAUACUUGCCACUGUAAAUACAAUAUCAUUUACUGGACUGUAGUGGUAAUUACUUUGGAAGUUUUUUUUCCAGAGCAUCUUGAUGACAUUUGCAGUUGAAAAUAUAACUAAAAAGUUAGUUUCCUGAGAUGAAAUAUAAAACCAAAUCUAUUGUUUAAGGACGUUCCACAGUUAUGUUUGUGCGCAUUAUGAUCUGCGCAUAGUUUACACUCUGCGCGCUGACGUCACAAUGGAUGAACAGGUGAUUAAUUAGCUGCGGGUAUGUGCUGAUUUUUCUCAUCUUCUGCACUUUAACUGCAGAUCUGAUGCGUUAUUUCAUGAAGAUAAAAAAUGGAAUUAUUCCAUGGACCAUUAAAAAAAAGAUUCUCUACAAUUUCAAAAUACUUUACUCUGCAGUGCUGCCAAGAAUUACGAAUAUUACCCCGAGUUUGAAUAAAUGGUAGAGUGGUUUUGAUUUUUUCUUCACAUAGAUACAAAGCAUUCGGCGCAUUUUUGGUGUUUUAAAAAGCACAUUUGCUCUAAUAAAAAUACUGAUAGUUUAAAAACAAGCACAUGAACCCCUAUUUUUUAAUGUUUGUUCCUCUUAGGUAUACCUUCCUCUACAACUCUACAAAUUUUGGUGAAAAUUACAUGGAUUUUGAAUAAAGUGCAGCAUUUAUUGUACUUUUGUAGUUUGUUACUGAAAUUUCACAUUUUUUAGAUUGGGAUUUUGUUAUCUUUUACGUCAUUUUUAAGAACUGACAGUGCUGUUAAACUUAAAAUUGCAAACAAAUAGCACUAUAAAUAUAUUCUCCAUUCUAACGAUACAAUUAUUAACUCUCUUGCAAAAUUUGAUGACUUUUUCAUGUAUUUUGACUGAGUAAUAUAGGUUUAAACUCAUUGUAGUAAUCUUGGGCGGUCUAAAAAUGCCAAAUUCUUUUGAAUGCGCAAUUCUUAAGAACAUCAAUUUGGGUGAACUUUGAAGUUCUAUAGCAAAAAAUCAAGCACAUGGACAUAUGUUAAUUUUUGCAUAUUUCGAAUAUUAAGGUUCUAAAGUAUCUAUGUGCAAAGUUUGGUGAAAAUUACAUGGAUUUCACUUUAACUGUGGAACGUCCUUAAAAAAAGAAACUAAUUCAUUAAACUGCCCUUUUUAAAUCCAGAAUUAGUUUUCAUCCAUUAGCCUUUUGGAAACAAUGUGAGGUAGAUAUAAAUGACAGUUUCGUGGCUUGUUCUGCAUUCUUUUCCCCUAACUUUGGUCCUCAAUUCCUCAACUAUAUUUGUUUCAACUUGUUGCAUGGUUUCUAAAAUACUAAAUGAGUUAGACUCAGAUAAGAAACCUCCUUAUAGAAAACAUGUUUAAUGACUCUUAUAUGAUGUAUGAAACAAAGAAUUUGGAUUACAUCCUAUGUGGUUAAGAAAGUGUUUAUUCAGCUAAAUAUGUGAUUAGCUAAAAUGAUGAUGCUCUCUCUUGAGGAAAGAUUCAUUGAAGUCCUUUAUUUUCAUUGACUGGUGGAUUUUAUGUUGCCAUGAUUUAUAACAAUUAUAUUCUAUACAUGUAUAUUGAUGUUGCUUUUUGCUAUAAAACUUAUUUAUUUGCCUUUCUUUUCAAGAGCUUUUUUAAAUCAAGGACUUUGAAUUUGAAAGGCACAAAGUUUAUUAAUGUGUACAUAUUACUGUGUAUGUGCUUUCCCCCAUAUAAAGAUAGUGUAUUCAUUCUAUUCGAGAUUCAUCAAAUAACAACGCUAGUUUGUUAGCUGAAGAUUGUGUCUUUGAAAUAUAUUUGUCUUUUACAAUCUUGGAGUGAUUGAAAUGAAUUCUACUUAAGGAAAGUUUAUCAUCAUGUACUUAAAAAGAUGAGAAUUAAGAAGGAUAUUAUAUGAGAGGAUGUUUUUGUGAAUGUGUUUGUAGAUAUGAACCAUGUAUGAGUUUACAUCAAUAAACAGAUAUUAUUCAUGACAA